GCAAGACCAAGUGAUCAAGGAACUUAUACAGUUCGUGCAGCAAAUCCAUUUGGUAAUGAUGAAACUACUGCUAAACUAACGAUUCGACCAGCAACAUCAGCUGAUGCUCUCCCAUCGGCAACACCAAAACCAGUCGAAGUCAAAGCACCUAUUCCAACCAAAGAAGAAAUGCAACAAAUACAACCACCAAAAGUGAUUGUACCAUUGGAAAAUGCAGAAACUACAAAAGGAUCACCAGUUCUUCUUCGAGCAACUAUUAUUGGAACACCAACACCAAACUUUGUUUGGUUGAAAGAUGGUAAACCGUUGAUGACAUCUAAUCGUAUUCGUACUCGUUAUGAUGCUCCUACUAAAGAAGUUGUACUACAAAUAACUGACGUUCGUCCAGAAGAUGUGGGUCAAUAUUUGGUUGUAGCCACCAAUCCAGCAGGUCAAGACUCGACAGGUGCUAAACUUAGUAUUAUACCAGAGAAACCACCUGGUGCUGAUGAUCAUGCAAAAGUACCAACUGAUAAAAAUCGUAUUAAGAAUCAACCUGAAGGUCAAACACCACGACCAUUAAAACUUUUACCUCCUACUCAAUUGCCAUUAUCGACUUCACCAGAUAAAUUACGUAAAUUAAAUCAUGUUUCACCAACAGCAAAACCAGAGAAAGCAGAAGCACCAGAGAAAAUUCGACCACCACGUGUUAUUGUACCAUUAAGUGAUACUGAUUUAGAAGAACUUAUGCCUGUGUUACUUACAGCUAAAAUUGAUGCUGGUGUUCCAAUGGCAUCAUUUACAUGGUUUAAAGAUGGUCAACCACUUGUUGCAGCUACUCGUUUCACUACGAAAUACGAUAUUGGUAAUCAAACAAUUACAUUACAAAUUCUUGCUUCACGUCCUGAUGAUCAAGGAGUCUAUACUGUUCGAGCUACAAAUCCAGCUGGUAGUGAUGAAACAACAUGUAAAUUAAAUAUUCGACCUGUAUCAUCAAUUGAUACACGACCAUUUAUUGAUGCUGAUCGUUUUCGUCCAUUGGAAAAUCGACCAGCAACAGCUGACAAUCUUGGCGAUAAUAAACAACCACUUCGUCCACCUAAAGUUCUUAUACCAAUGAAUAAUCUUAGUCUUACAGAAUAUCAACCGAUUGUAUUAAAAAGUAUUAUUGACGGUGGUUUUCCAAUGGGUAAAUUUAAUUGGCUUAAAGAUGGUCAACCUUUACCUGCAUCAAAUCGAUAUCGUGCUAAUUAUGAUAUACAUACACGUACAGCAUCUUUAUUAAUUGAUGCUGCACGUCCAGCAACAGAUACUGGUCGAUAUACAGUUCAUGUCGAAAAUCCUGUUGGUAAAGAUCAAACAACGGGUGAAGUUAAUGUUGAAGGUACUCCCGGUAUUGAUGAUCGUCCAUUUAUUGAACCAAGUAAAUUCGGUAAAUUUGAUGGACCUUUACGUACAGCAGGUAGUGGUCCUCGAGGACCAAUUCUUCAACCUGAUGAAACGAUGAGAGAUCGUGAAAAUCAACCACCAUGGAUUCGUCUUGUUAAAGGUCUUGAAGAUCAACUCAUUGAUGAAAGCAAAGCAGCACAACUUGCUUGUAUUAUUGAUGCACAUCCAGCAGCAACUAUCAAUUGGUUAAAAGAUGGACAACCACUUAUUGUAUCUCAACGUUUUAUGCCUGAAUACGAUCAGAAAAAUGGUGUUGUUCGUUUAUCUAUUUAUCCUGUUUAUGCAGCUGAUUCUGGACCAUAUACAAUGGUGGCUCGAAAUAUUGCUGGAGAAGUUUCAACAAAAUGUACAUUACGUAUUCAACCAACAGCUAAUGUUGAAGAAAAUCCACUUGUUAAAUUUGCUGGUCUUAGAAAAGUACCACAACAACCAUCUACAGCUGGCACUGAACCUUCACAUAAACCCGUUGUUUCUGAUGAAGGACAAAAACCAUAUUUCAUUAAAGUUCCAGUUGAUCGAGUUGUACCUGAAGGCCAAUUAGUUCGUUUAGAUUAUAUACCAGCUGGACGUCCUGAACCAAGUUUAACAUGGUAUCGUAAUGGUAUACCAUUGAAUCCAAAUGAUGCUGAUCAUCGUGAUGUUGUUAAUGAAGGUGGUGUUCAUUCAUUACUUAUACUUAAUCCUAAAUUAGGACCAGUUGUUGAAUAUACAUGUGUAGCAAAAAAUAAAUAUGGUGAAGCACCAUUUACUGUUCGUGUUGGUGUUGCUGAACGUGGUUCAAAUAUUGCUCCUUAUUUUGUCGAACAACUUUAUGAUAUUAUUAUUAUUGAAGGUCAGGAUGCACAACUAGAUGCAACUGCAGAAGGUUUUCCUGAACCAAAAGUCUCGUGGGAGAAAGAGGGCAAACCUCUUACUCCAAAUAAAGAAUACAAAGUUGAAUUUGAAGGAGCCAAAACUGCAUUGCAUAUACAUGCUGCUAAACUGACAGAUGCUGGCUUGUAUCAAUGUACAGCAACUAGUCCUGCAGGAACAGCAAUUACAAAAUGCAGAGUAACAGUUAUUCCAAUAUCUGAAGCUGGUCAAUAUGCAAAAGAUUUACCACAAUUUGGACCUCAACUUCUAUCUAAACUACCAACUUUACCUCAAGAAGAUAUUCGAUCGAAAUAUAUGACUGUUCCAGUAAAACCUCCUGAAGUUAAACCAGAGGAAUUAUAUAAAUUACCAAAACGUCCAAAAAAAUCAGAUAAUCCUCUUGAAGAAGCCAAAAGACGAGGUGUAAAAGUCUUACCUGAUGAAAUUUUAAAUGCUCUUCAAAAAGGUUUAGAAGAAUAUCCUGAAGAAGAAAUGUAUAGUAAAGAUCGUCCACAACCACCGAAAUUUAAAGUCCAUCUUAAAUCUCACUUAAACUUAAAUGAAGAUGAUCAUUGUCUAUUCGAAGCUAAACUUAUACCUGUUCGAGAUCCAAUGAUGCGUGUACAAUGGUUUAGAAAUGGCAAAGUUCUUCAUCAUGCAUCAAGAAUGAUUCCUCGAUAUAAUUUUGCUGAUGUAUCACUUGAAUUUCUUUACACAUUUGCUGAAGAUGAUGGUAUUUAUGAAUGUGUUGCAACAAAUCCUUAUGGUGAAGAUCGUACACGUGCUGAAUUAAAAUGUCGUCCAAAACGAUCAAUUAUUUAUAAUACACAAUUACCCAAAGGUAUGGAAGGUGUAGCAAAAUUACAAAUGUUAGAAGAUGAAAUAAAACAUACAGCAAGUAUGAUUGGAUUAGAAGAAAAAGUCCAAGAAAAAGAACCAAAAGCACCUGAAUUUAUUAUGCCAUUAGAAGAUCUAUCAGUUGAUGAAGGUGAUAAUGCGAAAUUUAUUGCCAAAGUUGAUGGACAUCCACGUCCAAGAGUAACAUGGUCAAUUAAUAAUGGUGAUGUUGCAAAUGGAAGUCGAUAUAAAUUAGUUUUUGAUGGUCUUGUUCAUUAUCUUGAUAUACCAAGAACACGACAAUAUGAUGCAGGUGUAAUUCGUUGUGUAGCAAAAAAUACUUUUGGACAAUCUGAAAGUGUUGCAAUACUUAAUAUUAAAUUUCGUCAAGAUUAUCGUUCUGGUUUAUCGAAAACACCGGGUGGUAUUGAAACUGGUUUAGAUGAUUCAUUUGAUGUUGAUAUUGAAGAACGUUUGAGAACACGUGCACAAGCUCGACAACGUGAAUCAGUUGACGACCGAACAUAUCGUCCAUUAACUGAUAAACCAAUACAUCCAUUACAUUCAAAAGCUAACGCUGAAAAAAUGUCAUGGCGUCAAACUGUUGAAAAAGUGGGUGAUGCACCAAACUUUACUAAAUCAUUAUUACCAUUAAAAGCUAAAGAGGGAUCGAAAGUAGUUGUUGGUGUUGAAUUUACUGGUGAACCAGCACCAACUGUAUCAUGGUAUCGUGAUGGAUUUACAGUUGAAGAUUCUGAAGAUUUUAAAAUUCGUACAACUGAAACUCAAAGUGUACUGACAAUCAAACAUGCAUUUAUUAUUGAUUCAGGUUUAUAUACUGUUAAAUUAUUUAAUCCAAUUGGUAUUAAACAAUGUCAAGCUGCUAUACGUAUAAUGCCAAUUAUUGCUGAAGAUCAAACACCACGAUUUCUUGAUGUUCCACAAGAUAGUGAAAUUCUUGCCGGUGAUCCAGUUCGUUUUCAAUGUCGUGUUGAAGGUGAACCAUUUCCAACAGUUGCCUUCUACCGAGAAGAUGAACCAGUUAAUCUUAAUGAUAGACGUUUUCGUGUUAUACAAGAAGGUGAUGUAUUUACAUUACUUGUAUUCGAAGCUUUACCAGCUGAUAGUGGUCAAUAUGAAGCAGUUGCUGAGAAUGCAGUUGGAAAAGCGAAUACACGUUUUACAUUAACUGUAACAUCACGAGAAUCUGGUGGCAAGAAAGCAUCAGUUGUUGAUGAUCCAAAAUUAGUUCAUAAAGUACCAUAUUUAGAAAAAGCAUUAGAAGAUUUACAUGUUAAAGAAGGACAAUCAGCAACAUUCGAAUGUAUUAUACCAGCUAGUUAUGGAACGGAUGUAAAAUGGUAUAAAGGAACGUCAGAAUGGCCAAUAAAACCAUCGAAAUUUUUUAAACCAAAAUCUGAUGGUACUAAACAUCAAUUAUUUAUUUUAGAAGCAUAUGCUGAAGAUGAAGGACUAUAUAAAUGUGUUGUUUCAAAUCCAGUUGGAACUACAGCUACUACUGCAACAUUAAAAGUUGAUCAUUUAAUGCAAGUACCAGAAUUUGUUCGGGCUUUUAGUAAUUUAACUACAUAUGAAGGUGAACAAGUACGUUUUGAUGUUGAAGUACGAGGUGAUCCACCUCUAACUAUAUCAUGGUUUCGUGAUGGAGAAAUUAUACGAGAUUCACCUGACUUCCAAAUAUUUACUGAAGGAAAUCGUAGUGUAUUUUAUAUAUCUGAAGUAUUUAUGGAAGAUCAAGGUUUAUUUACAUGUACGGCUUCAAAUUCAGCCGGUUCAUCGGACUGUUCGGCUCGUCUAAUUGUUGAACCACGACCACAACUUUAA